CCUGUGUGAACUGGGGACGGGUAACUCCUGUGGUAAACUCAACUGAAGACCAUUCAGCAAGUGCCGCUUGUCUCUGGAGAUGGACGCGCCCUCCCCUCACAUCAGUUUUGAAGAGUACAAAGAAACAGCAGAGUGGUUGUUGAGCCAAACAAAGUUACGUCCAGUAGUGGCCAUCAUCUGUGGCUCUGGUUUAGGUGGUCUGGCUGACAGACUGGAGGACAGUGUAACAUUCAAAUAUGAAGACAUCCCUCGAUUUCCUACUAGCACUGUCCAAGGUCAUGCUGGUAAGCUGGUUUUUGGAAGACUCGUGGGACAUGAUUGUGUGUGCAUGCAGGGAAGAUUUCAUUUCUAUGAGGGCUACAGCAUACACACGGUGUCAUACCCUGUGCGUGUCUUCUCUCUGCUGGGAGUGAAAACCCUGAUCGUGACAAAUGCAGCAGGAGGACUCAACGACAGCUACAGGGUUGGAGAUAUUAUGAUCAUUAAGGAUCACAUUAACAUGCCAGGCUUUGCAGGACAAAAUCCAUUGUGUGGACCAAAUGAUGAAAGGUUUGGAGUGCGAUUCCCCUGCAUGUCAGAUGCUUAUGAUCGUGAUCUGAGGCUCAAAUUGAGGUCUACAGCUGAAGCCAUGGGGGUAGUCCACUUCCUUCAAGAAGGUGUUUACUGCAUGGUGGCUGGUCCCUCAUACGAGACCAUUGCAGAGUGCAAAUUCAUGCAGACACUGGGAGCUGAUGCUGUUGGGAUGAGCACAGUCCCUGAGGUACUGGUGGCCCGUCACUGUGGCCUGCGUGUCCUGGGAGUGUCUCUUAUCACAAACAAAGUGGUAACAGACUAUGACAGCAAAGAAAAAGCUAAUCAUGAGGAAGUCCUCCAAACCACCCAAAGACAGACCAAGCUCCUUCAAGACCUUGUCUGUGGAGUCCUCCAGAUGUAACGUCAUAAACAUAAAAACUCCACAUAAACAAGAGUGCAGUUGUGUGGA